GAAAAUCAUCAAAAAUUGCAUUUGAUUGUGAGAGAGUUCGAGUUUUUUUUUAUUUUUCAAAAUUAAACCGCGAGGUUGAAGUUGACGAAAUUAUUGGAUUAGGAAAGGAUACGAAGAUGAUAACGAAACCUCCAAUAUGUGAAGGAAUUACGGAUAUGGGCUGA